AUGUCUCAACACAACGGAGAAGCAUUAAAAAAACUGAAUCAAGAAAGUGAGAGAAAGAGUAAUGUGGCUGGAUCCCUCUCUUCAACACAAAAGACUAAAUCAACUCGACAAAAAAUAUUUAAGAAUGUUCUAAAUUUGGGAUUAUUGGUAUUCGUCGAUAUCAUUCUACCCAUUAUUCUCUUUACUAUUUUUAAACAUUUUGUGCCGGAGAUUUGGGCAGUGGUUAUAUCAGGUGUCCCGCCGUUUCUUCUUGUUAUUACCAACUUUAUUAUUAACAGGCGUAUUGACAUUUUGGGGAUGCUUAUACUAGUCAGUUUUAUUGUCAGUGCUAUUGUGUCACAAUUUCGAGGCGAUCCAAAACUUUUCUUAUUGCAAAAAUCUGCAGUCACGGCUAGUAUCGGUGUAUUAUUCCUCAUUACUUUGAUUCCAUUCAAAAUCGGAUCCUUCAAAAUGCGGCCUUUAACAUUCUAUUUUGCUAAAGACGCGGCAUCGGGUGGAUUCUUUGGCCAUAGUGGUCCAGGCACCAAACUUUCAGGUUUAACAGAGGAUGAACCUAUGGAUAAUCGUUGGGAGAGGUAUUGGAAUUCUUACCCUAUGUUUCGACGUGGAUUUAUUGUUAUAACAGCUGGCUGGGGAGUGGGAUUACUUUGUGAAAUUCCUAUCCGUGUUCUUAUUAUUUACAAAGUGGAUGCGAUUGAUCAAGACAUUUUGUAUACAAACAUAGUAACUUACAUUUUGUCAGCUGUAAUGAUACUGGCAACUGCUUUGUACAGUGCGAGUUUGAAGAAAAAAAUGAGAAAAGGUCUAGCAGGAGAUGACCAAAUGGAAGAUGGUCAAACGGAGGAUGGUCAAAAGUGA